CCAAAUUUUGUAGGGUUGACGGAAAGAACUGCUGGCUCGGUAAACGAGCUCUGAUAAAAUCUUAGUAGGACGGCUGUGUUAACUCUUGUGAUAGCAACUGUCUGGUGUGUUUUUGUUCCUAACCCCUAGCUCGAACUCGAACCAUGGGUUUGCUGGAACGCUGCGAGGAGCUGUUCAAGACCUCAAACCUGUAUGAGGUCCUCGGCAUCACCAAAGAGGCGUCGGACGGAGACGUGCGUCGCGGAUACUACAAACUGUCCCUUCAGGUUCACCCUGACCGGGCACAAGGCGAUGAACUGGCGACCGAGAAGUUUCAGGCGUUGGGAAAAGUGUAUGAAGUGCUGAAAGACAAAGACCAACGAGCCAUCUAUGACGAGCAGGGGACAGUUGAUGAAGAAUCCGACUGCGUGAACCAAGACCGUGACUGGGAAGAGUACUGGAGAUUGUUGUUUCCCAAGAUCAGCCUGGACGACAUCCUCCAGUUUGAGAAGAAGUACAAGGACACGGCGGAGGAGAAGGAGGACCUGAGCCGGCUGUACAUGCAGUACGAGGGCGACAUGGACCGCAUCAUGGGCGCCGCGCUGUUCGCCGAGGACGAGGAGGAGCCGCGCAUCAGGGCCGUCCUGCAGGGCCUCGUGGACGCGGAGGAGCUGCCCGCCUACAGGAGCUUCACACACGAGAGCGCCAAGAAGAGGAGCAACCGCAAGCGCAGGGCUGAUAAAGAGAGGAAGGAGGCUGAAGAGAUGCAGAAAGAGAUGGGCAUUAGCAGCAAUGACAGUCUGGAGGCUCUCAUCAAGCGGAGGCAGAAGUCCAGCGAGCACGGUUUCAACUCGCUCAUCGCCGGCCUGGAGGCCAAGUACUGCCAGAGCGGGAGCAAAGGAUCCAAAGGAGCGGCCAAGAAGAAGGGCAAGAAGUGACCGCACGUGACCGCACGUGACCGCCGCGCCCGGGCGUUAGCAGAGGCCACCUGGCGCCCUCACUCCAGCAGGCUGGGACAACUCUGAGAAAUAACGUUGACUGUUAUUUUGACAUUAAACUCCAGAGGACAGGAAGUGAGGUCGGUGGAGGCUUGGCUGCUGGUUUUGGUGGGGCAGUCGAGCACUUACACUAGAACUAACAAGUCUGCCUUUAAUGAGAGCUCCUGUGGACAGUAGGCCCCCUCAGUCAUAUGGGGUCUUAGACCAGGCCCGUGUACAGGUUUAUGAUUUCACGUUGUACAUCUUCAAAGUUACUAUUUGACUUUGAAAUUAUAUUCAAUGCCGUUUUGAAAUGUUUUGCGUGUGACUGUACGUGUUUUCGUUCAGCUUUUCUAAAAGUUAAUUGAAGUGAACAACUUUUUUUCCCCCUCCAACUGAAAAAGCUGCUCUAGCAUUCCUGUUCCUUGUCAUGGCACGUGUGUAUGAAGUUGUUUCAGAAUUUGGGUGUAAUAAAUCUGCCCAUUUCUUAUGAUUAUACUGUUUGUAAUGUUGUGUUUUAAUUGUAAUGAUUAAAAAUUAUAUUUGAAAGUA